UCAUUGAGAGUGCCAAGCGGCGAUGGAAUCUAAACACAAGAAAGCGUCAUUGCUCCACUAUUAUCCUCCUCGCUUCCACUCUCAUUGCCGAAUUCGAAUCCGAAUAGCCCCUCUUAUUCCAUUCUCUCUUCUCCUUCACUCCUGCUCUUCCAUUCCUUUAUAAAUCUGACCCAAAAAAUUUCAUCUUGUUCGUAUCGUUUCCUCUGUUCAUAUAUCUGAUUUCGGAAUGCGAGGAGUAGAGCUGUGGCUGAAGAAUUUGGUUUCAUCGGAAUCGCAAGAGUUUCAAAUACCCAACAAUGAUUUUCCUUGUACUUCCAUUUCUUUUGUAAAUGGUGGUGGGUUGUUUCUCGAAUCUUUGACUCCUUCGUCGUGGGUAUCUUUUAUUACUGAUCAGAACACUUCGUCGCUCCGGGUUUCAUGCAGCCUCCGGAGAUCGAUCGGGAAUGAGUUUUUCCGGCGAGGUAUGGGAAGGGGAAGAGGCUGUGAGGGGUUUUUGUCCGUGAGUUUGUCGAUUAAGGAAAACGGUGAAGGGUUUGUGCAGGAAUCGAGGGAGAUUUUGGGGCAAAAUGAGGGUAAAAAUUCGGAGGAUGAAGCGAUUGCAAUUGCAGAAGUAGAGAAGCAUGAGAAAGUGGAGAAGGGUAGGUUACGAGGAGGUGAAGCUGCUUUGAAUACUAGUAAGCAUCUUUGGGCUGGAGCUCUUGCUGCUAUGGUCUCAAGAACUUUUGUUGCCCCGCUGGAGAGACUAAAGCUGGAAUAUAUAGUUCGUGGAGAACAAAAGAAGCUUUUUGAGCUCAUCAAGGCAAUUGCAGUUUCGCAAGGGCUGAAAGGCUUUUGGAAAGGAAAUUUUGUCAACAUUCUCCGCACCGCUCCAUUUAAGGCCAUAAAUUUCUAUGCUUAUGACACCUACAGGGGUCAACUGCUUAAAAUAUCUGGGAAUGAGGAAACAACAAAUUUUGAAAGGUUCCUUGCUGGUGCUGUGGCUGGAGUUACUGCAACUGUGCUCUGUAUCCCGAUGGACACUAUCAGGACCGUUAUGGUAGCCCCUGGUGGAGAAGCCUUGGGUGGCUUAAUUGGUGCUUUCCGCCACAUGAUCCAAACUGAAGGAUUCUUUUCUCUUUACAAGGGCCUAGUACCCUCUAUUAUAAGUAUGGCGCCUUCAGGUGCAGUGUUCUAUGGAGUUUAUGAUAUCUUAAAAUCAGCUUACCUGCAUUCACCAGAAGGGAGGAAAAGAAUAAAAUAUAUGAAACAACAAGGUCAGCAACUGAAUGCUUUGGAACAACUGGAGUUGGGUCCCUUUAGAACAUUAAUAUAUGGGGCGAUUGCUGGUGCUUGUGCUGAAGCUGCAACGUACCCAUUUGAAGUUGUAAGAAGGCAACUUCAAAUGCAGGUCCGGGCAAGAAAAAUGAGCGCAUUGAGAACUUGUAUGAAGAUAAUUGAGCAAGGCGGUGUUCCUGCUCUCUAUGCAGGAUUGACUCCCAGCUUAUUACAGGUUUUGCCAUCGGCUGCUAUUAGUUAUUUUGUGUAUGAGUUCAUGAAGAUAGUUCUCAAAGUGGAAUCGGCAUAAGAUUGGCCUCUCAAGUACAGUGCUGAAGGGAGAGCUUGUGUAAGUUGAUGCUUACAAGGGAAAUUUUCUUUGGCUUCUCUUAUUAGGUAGUUUGUACUGGAAUAUUGAAUCCACAUGUCUCACAGCAAUAAAAGGAACAUUUCCCAUAAUCCCUUUACUCUUUUAUUGGCAAUGUUCAAGGAAGUGAAGUUGCCGAGGUCAGUGGAUUCGAUACAUUUUUGUCAUUGAUGUAUGCUCAAGCUCGAAGCUUAGUCUAAAUAUACUGGCU